AUAUGAAUAAAGUGAAAACGCGGAGGUGCGGUGACGUCACGGCUCAUUUGCAUACUGCGCAGUAUUUAAGGAGGGAUUGACUCUCUGGCUGCACUCUGCUGCUUCCUCCGCGAGCCGGACAUCUCCACUUCUCCCAGCUGAAAAAAACCCCUGAACCUCAGCAGCCAUGUCUGACAAGCCAGACGUCUCGGAAGUCGAGAGCUUUGACAAAACCAAGCUGAAGAAGACGGAGACUCAGGAGAAGAACACCUUACCGACCAAAGAAACCAUCGAACAGGAGAAGGCAGCAUAAAGUCUUCCUGUACGCUGCACAUUCCACAAGCCUUGCCUCGAUGCUCCAAUGUGUCACAAGUUGCACCACCUAAUUGACUGAACAAUGGCUGUACAACCACCUUCUGCCAUCCACCUGCCCAACAGGCACUCAAACAGUGCGGGUUCCUGGUCAUCCGUUGCGGUCUCAAGCUCCAGGGUGGCAUCGAGGAGCAGGCGCGUUGUGAAACAACUGAUGGAGCCACACUUUCCUAGCAACUUUGGUGACUUGUGGGUGUGCACAAAACAAGCUCUUUUGUAAAUCUGGAAUGCACAUGUUUUGUUAAAUAUGCAAAAUAAAAAAUGUAAAUUCAA